UGUAACUCCGUGAAGUUGCGCGAGUUAAGCUGAGUUCCCAGCGGACCUUUGUCGGUUCCCACAGCGUUUUCAUCACGACAGCUUUUCGUUGCAGUAACGUUCCCGGACGGCAACUUUUGCUCAGGUUUUGGUUGGAAAGGGACCGUUUCUUUGGGAACUCUAAACGUUACGUGUUGUUGGUUCUAUGUUUGGUUCCCUCAACGUUCCCCUAACGUGCCCAUGGCCUUGUUGGUUAUGUGUUUAAUUUAAACUAGAGGAGUUCAAGGAAUGGCCUCUGCUACAUUCUGGUCUGAGGAGGACUUCUCCUGUUCCAUCUGUCUGGAUGUGUUCAACAGCCCAGUUUUCACUCCAUGUGGACACAACUUCUGCAGAACCUGUAUAGCAACGUGCUGGGAUGUCCGAGGCCAGUGCAGAUGCCCUUUUUGCAACGAGCUGUUCCACACAAGACCUGAUUUACGGGUUAAUACCUUGAUAUCGGAGAUGGUUGAUCGGUUCAGAAGUUCUUUACGAGGCAAAACGCAGCCUUGUGUUGAACCAGACCUUCGGAUCCCUGAAGGAUCCUCCACCCACCAGGGACUGGGCGACGUUGGAGGUCCGUCCUCCGUCAUACGUAGGGACCUUGUGGAGAGCCCUGGAACAGCUGAGGGGCGGAACACGGAGACGAAGAGGCUGGCUGAACUGAGAUCAGCUCCAAACGAGUAUGCCUGUGACCUCACAAUGGACCCGAACACGACCCACAGAGACCUCUCUCUGUCUGAGGACAACAGGAAGGUGAUUGUGUUUGGAGAGGACCAGUCGUAUCCGGAUCACCCAGAGAGAUUUGACUCCCAUUACCAGGUGUUGUGUAGAGAGGCUCUGACUGGCCGCUGUUACUGGGAGGUAGAGAUCGAAGAAGUUGUUGUGAUCGGAGUGACAUACAGAGGAAUCGCAAGGAAAGGAAAGGGUGGUGACAGUGGGCUUGGAUGGAACAACAAGUCCUGGAUUCUUCGAUGGGAUAAAGAUGGUUACACUGCCGUGUACAACGGUAUAGAGACAGUCCUCCCUCUCCCCCCCGCUGGCUCCACCAGAGUAGGAGUGUAUCUGGACCGGCCUGCUGGCUCUCUGUCCUUCUACAGAGUGUCCCCAGGUGGAGGAGGGUCCUCAGACACACUGACACACCUCCACACCUUCUGGUCCUCCUUCACCCAGGAGGACCUCCUCCCUGGGUUUGGGGUAUGGGAUUAUUAUAGCACAGUGACUCUGUGACGGAUGG